AUGGAAGUUAUCACGUACAACGCCGAUAUUAAGAAGUCGGUUUCGGGUCUCGAGGCAACGUCCGUUGUGGCUGGACAGAUCUCCAACAUUGCCAAAAUCGUCGCUGACCCAGAAGCGGCCGAGAAAGACAAAGCUUUAGCCUUGUUGAGCAGAACCAACCACGUACCAUUCGACCCAAACUCGCCAGAAGCGAAGCGCGUCCUGCGCAAGAUUGAUUUCACCAUCAUGCCUCUACUUUUAUUCGUCUACGUCCUCAUGUUGGUGGAUAAGAACAGCCUUUCAUACGCCAACAUUAUGGGCAUCAAGCAAGAUACACAUCUUUCGGCCAGCCAGUACUCGUGGUUGGGCUCCAUUGUCUACUUUGGAUACCUCGCCGGAGAAAUCCCCGUCACGGUCUCCAUGCAGCGAAUUCCCCUUGCCAAGUUCUUCUCAGUGAUGAUCAUUGCGUGGGGCAUCAUCGUCGUCUGCCACGGCGCCUGCAAGAACUUUGCAGGGCUCAUGGUCGCCAGGUUCCUGCUUGGUUCCAUCGAAGUGUGCGCGGCACCCGUCAGCAUCUACAUCCUCGGUUCGUGGUACUCCAAGAAGGAACAAGUUUCCCGAGUCGCAAUCUGGUAUACGAGCUCAGGUUGGGGCCACAUGGCUGGCGGAUUCUGUGCCUGGAUCAUCUACCAGGCCCCUUCAUUCCGAUGGCAGGCGUUGUUUCUUUUCGAGGGCGGCGUCACCAUCCUUCUUGGUAUUGUCCUCUGGUUUUUGCUUGCCGCAUCGCCUACAGAUGCCAGAUGGCUAUCAGAUGACGAGAAGCGCAUCGCACUCGAGAGGUGCCGAGAUAACAAGACAGGCACAGAAGUCUGGAAAUUCGACAGGGCACAGUUGAUUGAGGCCUUUUGUGACCCUCGCUUUUACCUAAUCUUUCUCUUCUUAGUUUCCACCGGACUACCUAAUGGCGGUCUCACUGUCUUCGGACCGACAAUUAUCUCCGCAUUUGGCUUCACCGCCGAGCAGACCACCCUCCUGAGCAUGGCGCCCGGUGCCGCUGCCGUUGCGGGCAGUCUGGUGUCACUGAUGGUCGCAAAAUACACAAGUCGGACAAUCGCCGGCAUAUCUACGCUGCUACUUUCGUGCAUCGGGACAGUCAUGAUGCUGGCGAUUCCACCCUCCCAUGCCGCCGCGCGCUACGGUGGUUACAUUCUGACUCUGCAAUUCCCUGUCAGCGUCCUGUUCGUCAUCACGUUCAUGACGGCCGGAGUUGGCGGCUCGACCAAGAAGUUGGCAUUUGGAGCCUCGUACCAACUCGGUUAUACGGUCGGCAACAUCAUCGGACCUCAGACGUAUCGCGAAUCCGAUGCGCCCAACUACUAUACUGCUAAGUACACUAUGUUAGCCUUCCUGAUACUUUGCAUCUUCUUGGUUGCUGCCAUGGGCUCGCUUCACUGGCUCUGGAAUCGACGAAGGGAUCAGAGGGACAAGUUAGAUUCUCAGAACGGAAUCAUCCACGAGGUCAUUGAGAAUGAGGAAUUUGCAGACUUGACCGACUUCAAGAUCAGAUCGUUCCGGUAUCCCAUUUGA